AUGCCUGCAAGACUCUCUGAUGCCUUCAAAUCCCACCCUCUCAAUCUCCAACUGAAGCACCCAGAUUUCAGCUCAUUGCAGGAGCUUCCAGACUCCUAUGCAUGGAGCCAAAACGAUGACCAGUACCCUUCUUCUCCGGGCUCAUUUGGGGCAGAGCAAGACUCUGUUCCAGUCAUUGAUCUCUCUGACCCCAAUGCCCUUAAGCUCACAGGCCAUGCAUGUCGAACUUGGGGUGUCUUCCAAGUCACCAACCAUGGCAUCCCGAGCAAGCUUCUUGACAACAUUGAAUCUGCUGGCAGAAGCCUUUUCUCUCUGCCGGUUCAGCAGAAGCUCAAGGCGGCUCGAUCGCCGGACGGCAUUUCCGGCUAUGGCUUUGCUCGGAUAUCUUCGUUUUUUCAGAAGCUCAUGUGGUCUGAGGGCUUCACUAUUUUUGGCUCUCCACUUGACCAUUUUCGUCAACUUUGGCCCCAAGAUUACAACAAAUUCUGUAAUAUUAUUGAAGAAUAUGAGAAGGAGAUGAAAAGGCUUGCCGGGAGGCUGAUGUGGCUCAUGCUUGGCUCACUAGGCAUAUCCAUGGAAGAUGUCAAAUGGGCUGGGCCAAAAGGUGACUUCAGAGAUGCAUCCGCUGCCUUACAAUUGAAUUCGUACCCGGCUUGCCCAGACCCGGAUCGGGCCAUGGGUUUGGCAGCGCAUACGGAUUCUACCCUCCUCACAAUCCUUUACCAAAACAACACUAGUGGCUUGCAAGUCCUCCGGGAGGGCACCGGGUGGGUCACGGUUCCGCCAUUGCCCGGUGCUCUCGUGGUCAACGUCGGUGAUCUCAUCCAUAUAUUAUCUAACGGGUUGUACCCAAGUGUCCUUCAUCGGGCAGUGGUGAACCGGAGCAGACACCGUUUAUCCAUCGCUUACUUAUACGGACCCCCAGACAGUGUCCAAAUCUCACCCUUAUCAAAAUUACUAGGCCCAAGUCAGCCUCCUCUCUACCGGCCAAUUACUUGGAAUGAGUACCUUGGCACAAAGGCAAAGCAUUUCAAUAAGGCACUUUCAUCUGUCCGCCUUUGUGCUCCUCUAAAUGCAUUAGUUGAUGUAAGUGAUCACAACAGCGUAAAAGUCGGGUAG